CCAGCGGUAUGGGUUGAUUAAUGAUUCUUAUGAGUGGUGAUGAUUAUCACGAUCAUCAAACCGGCUCAGAUCUCUCUAAUUGUUUUCGAGUUUUGACAUCAAAACAAGAAGCAGUCGAAAAAAGAAUCUGCUGCAAACAAGCCAAAGUUUUGCUGCAUAAUUUUAAGCCUUCUACAAUACCACCGAAAUAUACGUACAAGUCGAAGAAAUUGACAGUCAACAAUCAGUUAACCUAGAGUCCACCGUAUUUAUCACCUUUCUCUGCGGACUUAGAGCUGCACUGCUUCCAAGAUGUCGAUGCGCCCGGAUGACCACCGUCGCAAGUGGGAUCGCAAGGAAUACGAACGCAUAGCUCAGGAACGGCUAUUGGCCAAAACAUCGACCGCCACUGAAGAUGAACCGGUCACAAAGGAACUGCUCAAGCAGCGUGAGUACAAGGUUGACUUGGACUCGAAGCUGGGCAAGAGUAUGGUCAUUAACAAGAGCACCCCGUCGUCGCAAUCCGGCGGGUACUACUGCAAUGUGUGCGAUUGCGUCGUAAAGGAUUCGAUCAACUUCCUGGACCACAUCAACGGCAAGAAGCACCAGCGCAAUCUGGGCAUGUCGAUGAAGGUGGAGCGGAGCUCGCUGGACCAGGUCAAGGAACGGUUCAAAAUCAACAAAAAGAAAACCGAGGAGAAGAAAAAAGAUUACGAGCUGGAGAGCCGGGUCAAGGAAGCCAAAGAGGAAGAGGAGCGCUACCGAGAGUACAAACGCGAAAAGAGGAAAGAGCGCAAGAGGAAGAUUGAGGAAGUGGACGAAAGUGAGGCAGGCACAUCCGAACUAGCUGCCGUCAUGGGUUUCGCUGGAUUCGGUGCCAAGAAGAAAAAUUAGGAUUGUAUUAUUAUUUCGAAGGAAUAGUAUUGUUCUGGCUACUCAAUUGUUUAUUACACACAGUUAGAGUGAGGGUACUAAAGAACACAUCUGGUUACAAUCUCUCAAGAAAUGCGCUUGUUCAAUCAACUCCUGUAACAGAAACUGCGUAUCCCAUGCAUGUGUGCCACCAGAUUUGCAUACAUUUGAGUCGUAAAUUCCGUUGGCUAAAGCGGACAAUGGAAACGUACGAACAUAAACGUCCUAACAAGUAGAGCAACAACACAGCUACUGACAGAAAGUAAAUUUCUAAAGUGUUUUCACUUAAGUUUAUCUUUAGAAUCAUAACUUAUUGUGGUAGAUAUUAUGGCAAAACCAUUACAACGCGAGUAUGUAUAGAUAAAUAUAUAUAAUUAACUAUCCAA